UUUCGUUCUAGGAUGGAAACGCAAAGAAGCCGGCAGUGACGAAAUCGGGCGGGUUGCCCUUAUCGAUAAGGGUUCUUCUCCCCGGGAGACGGAGACUAAGUUACCUUACUGUAAGAUGAAAAGUAAGUUAAACCGCAGUUGCGGUGUAAAUACAGUCCUUCAAAAUGGGCAAAUCCAAUCUCGACCUGGUCAAAGAAUGCGACCGAUUCCCGUAUCACCAAGAUGACCCCGCCUUCUACGCCUCCCACCUCCAGAACUACCACGCCCUCAAAGUCACCGGCUGCGACGCCGUGCUUGGCUACAUCCUCAACUCCGUCGUGCACAAAUUCCCCUGGCCGCAAGGCCACUGGGCCAUCGACGCCGCCAACCGGACCGUCACGCUCGUGACCGGCCCCGAUGCCACCCCGGCCCAACGCAGCGCCCAGGUCGCCCAGACUCUCGCCGAGGCCGUGCGGCAGGACACCUUCCAGCUCUUGCGCGGCUGGCGCAACGAGAUGUAUCCGGUGUACGGGCCGGGCGGGGAGUUUCUGUUCGAGAUGGAGCGGUCGGCCACCCCGCUGUUCGGCGUGGUCUCGUACGGGGUGCACGCCACAUGCUAUGUCGACGACGGCCACAGCACGGGGGGAGGACUGCGUCUCUGGAUCCCACGACGGUCGCGCACGAAGCAGACGUACCCGGGAAUGCUGGAUAAUUCGGUCGCCGGGGGCAUGAGCUCGCACGAGAAGCCCUUCGAGUGUCUCGUGCGGGAGGCCAGCGAAGAGGCGUCGCUGCCGGAGGAGGUGACGAGGGCAAAUGCGCGCGCCGCGGGGUGCGUCACCUACUUCUACGUGCGGGGCGCGAACGCCGGCGGCGAGACCGACCUGCUGCAGCCCGAGGUGGAAUAUAUCUACGACGUGAAGCUCGGCGCCGACGUGGUCUUGAAGCCGUGUGAUACCGAGGUGGAGGAGUUCCACUUGCUGUCGGUUGAGGAGACCCAGCAGGCCCUGGCGAACGGCGAGUUCAAGCCCAACUGCGCCGUGGUGUUGAUCGAUUUCUUCAUCCGCCACGGCAUUCUGACCGCUGAGAACGAGCCGGACUUCCUGGAGAUCCAGGCCCGGAUACACCGUCGACUGGAGUUCCCCACCGCAUCGCACGCGAUGAUAUAGGAGGGAAACGAGACUCCGGCAUUUGUAGAGCAAACAUGACAUGUGAUAGAAAGAUCUCGAGAUAUUUAGUGGUUCUAUUUGAUAUACCCAUUUCACCAAUCAAACGCCAGCGCUGCAAUCGAAACACCCCAAUCAAUGCAUACAGACUUUUUCUUUCUUUUUCUGACCACCACCCCAGACUCUGAUCGAGCCGGAGCGCUUCGACAGCCCACAAGAGCCAGGGAAUCCAAAACGUCAAGCAAAAAUUCGUCCUCAUUUCUUCAGAAGCAGGUAGACAUAGUCGAUCCUCAAGGGAGCGAGCUUCUUGUAGGGGCCCUCGAGAUAGAGCAACAAUCCACCGAAAGAGGUGAAAACAGCCCUGUCAAUCA